AUCUCUGACAGGCGCGCUGAUGACCAACAAGACAGUUACAAGUUCAUUCAAACUAUGAGUUUGCACUUGAAUUGAAGAAAAAAAACAAAAGAGGAGCAACUUAUUUAAAAGUCAUUUGUCCAGUAUUGGAAAUAAUUCAAAUUCUGGAAUUAACUUAACUUGCAUAUACAGACUUACAGAUUGCAAAUAAACAGUCAAGAUGGCUUACACCACCAAACAUCAACAAUGUGUCCACAAGUGUGACCAGCAGGCUAGAACACAAUGGACACCCUGUCUCCUCAGUCUGUUUUAGACAGAAGACAAAACAAAGACACUCAUAUUAUAGCCGAUCAUAUAACACGUGGAAAAAGUCCAGCAAGACAAAAUUCAUUAACCUUUGAUUCAGAGUUUGAGCAGGACGAAAUUAUAAAUAGGGUUCCUCAACCAUAUAGAACAAGUUUCAGUGCAGUAACAACCCUUGAGAGACGCGACAGAAGUAGGUCAACAAGUAGGUCAACUAGUCCUGCACCUACUAUUUCUAGUCUGAAAUCUAAUAGGUGUAGAUCAAAAAGUCCAUUAACUAGAAAAUUAAGUCCAAAACAUGUUACUUAUGAUUCAGUUGUGACAGUAAGACGCUCGAAUUCUUACGAAGUUCAAACAUUAUCAGGUGAAGAUAAGAACGAAAUGGCCAAUAACAGUACAGAUUAUCAAUCUCGUAUCAGAGAGAUGUCCGAGAUGAUUGUCAAGGAAUAUUCCUCUCCAGAAAAGGAGAAUGUAGAUGGGCAAUUUGUAAAUGAUGCACCAAAGAGAAAUAGUGGGGCUGUGAAAAAUGGUGCUCCCAAUGGUCGAGUACCAAUGAAUAAACAAAGGAGUCUGCCCAAACAGGUUUUACCUAAGGAGGAAAAUGAUAGAACAAUAAGCUAUCGCCAUGCAAUUCGUGAUAAUUAUUCUACGGAAAUCAAACAGCGUGCUGAUAACAUUGUCGAUGAACGUUAUGCUUCUGAACCACAAAACAUUGGUAUUAGGGCAGAGAGAUCAAAUUCUGUACCAUCACGUGAUGGAAUGGAUAGUAAUAAAUUAACUCCUCAUAAAAGAACAAUAAGUGGUAGUAUCAGCAACUUUUUUAGGAGAAUGUCACCUCGUAUGUCAAGAAAACAACGAAAAGAGAGAGGUUCAAAAACAAGUCUAAGUAGCCAGAUGAGCAGGGACUCGGAAACAGGAUCUAAUCAACAAUUUUCUCGUGGCAAAGUCAGACAGUCAUUCCUCAACCUAUUGAAACGUCCUAAGUCUAAAUCAGGUUCAGUUAGCAAAGAAGACCAUGGUCUCAAUCAUGAUGAUACUGAUGGUGGUUUUAAAUCUGAUGCCACUUCUAAUCGUAUACUCAGAUCCAUUGAACAGAACAAUAUGUCUGAGCGAGAGGUGUAUAAUAGGUUUAAAGAGAAACAAAUUGAGAAUGAUAGAUCACCCUCUGAUAUGGAGCAUAAUAACCGACCUCAAGCCAUGAAAGCCGUGUCUCCAACAAACGUUCAGAUCAGAGUAGAAUCUCCUAGAUCUGCAUACAGAGGAGUAGAAAAUAGAGAACCAGUUCAGAGAGACAGGGAACAAGUCAGUAGAAACAGGGAACAGAAACAAUGGUCUCCUCCAUCAAAUAAUGAACAGAAUAGUUCAAGGGACCAGAAGGUUAAACGUCAAUCAGAUCCCUCAGCUAGCCUCAAUGUUCAAAUGGUGCCGAAGUCAGGGAAGUCUCUACAAAGGGUAUUGACGUCUUCCAUGUCUGCAGAUGAAUCUAUUGGAGACUGCUCUCUGGAUGUGAACUUUACAGGCAGUGACCCAUCAAUUCUGAGUGAAGAGAGUAGGGACGUGACUACACCCAGUAAAGUUGUGUUCAGUAGUACACAGGACAACCUAAAAGACAAGUCUAAUGACAGUAAAGUAUUAAACAGUCAUAAGAAAGAUCAUUCAUUAUCAGAAUCUUCAUUAAAUCCAGUUGUUACACCGCUUAGUCACAAUGUGGAAUAUACUGAGAUGCCAAAGUUGGCCGAUAGUGCUGAAAUAGUGUUACCCGAUAAUUCAAAAACACCAUCAUAUCUUAAACUUAGUUGUUCAGUGAGUGGAUACGGUCGUUACAGUCAAUACAGUGCAUAUAAAUCUAAAAAGGACACAAGAUCACCGUAUUCUAGCUCCUCGUCUUUAGGUUCAAAUCCUAUGUCUCCGGAGAUGGCUAAAGUUAUGUCUCCUGUUCAACGGACAAGUAUCAGUAGUAAUUCAGAAUUUGGAUUAAUACGUCCUCAACCUCUAGUGUAUAAUAGAGCCAAUAGAAAUGUAACGAACAGUGUAAAUUCUAGUUUAAUAAAUGGACAUUCUGUGUUGGAUGGUACACAAUACCCAACAGGAGAUCCUAAGUUGGAUGGAGAAUAUUAUUUAAAUGUAACAAAGACAGAAGCUGUUCAUCUUGUGUCACUGUGUCGGCAAAUAGAGGCUGAUUUAUACUGCCAAGAUAUCCCUGAAGAUGCAAGUGGCAAAAUACGGGCAGCAGUUGGAAAAGCCAAUUUACUGGUCAACCAAAAAUUUAAACAGUUUGAAGACUUAUGUUAUGAACAUAUGAACCCAACUGUAGAUGGUAAAUUGUUGAAAUGGGAAGACCUGCAGGGAUUCUGGGAGAUGAUCAAAAUACAAGUAGAUAAUGUGGAGGAAAUGUUCACAGAAUUAGAGUUAAUACGACAGAAUGGUUGGAAAGAACUUUGUAUGCAUUCUAGAGAAAGCUCUAUUAGUUCUAGUCCAAAAUCAGUUAGUAAUGCCAGUACACCAGCAGGCACACCAGGUUCCAGAAGGCGAGUAUCAAAAACAAAAGAAACACCAGAAUCAUCGCCAGAAAGAACGGAGAGAUUGAAACUUGCCAAAGCUCGUGAUGAUGCGAGGAAAAAAAUGAUGGCAGAAAAACGUGCUGCAAUGAAGAAAAAGCAGCAAAACAAUUCAGAUGAUGUUGAAAUAUAUAUAGCAGACAAGUGAAUCUAUUACAUUAGUGCUAAUAACAUAUUUAUAUCAAUUGUUUUAACUACACAAGAAAUUCAAAGUUGUGAUAUUUUUCAGCAGUUGCUGUUUGUGCAUUUAUUUAAUUGUUUAUUUUUUCAUGUAAUAUUCUAGACCAGUAUCUGCCAUGGAUCUUAGCCUUGUCAUAAAUUUAUGUUUAUUUUUGGUUUUUUAAUUGUAAACAUUUUUUUUCAAAUUAUUUUAAAGCAUUAAUGAUGUUUACUGACAAAAUGAUGUACAUAAAUUUUAUUUUUACCAGUAAAGAAAAUUAUUUUGUUUAGGCCAGCUUUAUUUGAAUUGGAGGCAAGGUUAUGAAAUAGUGUUUUUGUUUAAUGUUACCAAACUAACAUGUUUAGACAGAAAGAUUUUCAUUUCAAUUCAUUUUACCUCAUUGUUGUGCCUUUUCAUCUUCUUUUAGAUUCAUUUUAAAUUAUUCCAUUUUUAUGAGUACAAUAUUUCCAUUUUAGUUUUUGUAAUUUUAUUUGUUGUGUUAAGAUGGAUUGAAAAGAAGGAUGGUUAGUAAUUGUUUUGAGAACUAGUCAAAGCUAUUUUGCUUUCUAAUGCUUUAUCAGUUAAUACCUCAUGCUAUUGAGCUUAAUCAACAUUAUUGUUCUGUUUUAAUUGGAUUUCAUAGCCAUUACUCUGUUAUUACAUACCAUUCUAAAUAAGAUACCAAUCUGCUGCAUUCCAGAUUUUAUUCUGAUGUUCAUUUUCAAUUUUUGAAUAUAUAGAUUUGGGAUCAAAUGUUCUUGUCAUAUUCACAUGUAAUUACUUCAUUUCUGAAAAUGAAUACAUAUAUCAAUAAUUAUCUGUAUUUGUCAUAUGUCAUCAUAUUUUAUAUACUAGAAAAAGACUCUUUCCCCCUCAUUUCUAACAGAGAAUGUACAAAAUGUCUUUUCCUGAAAUAAAAUGUCAGGUAUGUAAGGAAUGGGGAAUAAGUGGUCAACUCAUUUUUUGGUGAACUACUUUUUGAGAAAAUAAAAAAAUAAAACAGGUACAACUAUCCUUUUCAUUCCAGAGUAAAUUAUUGGGCUGUUUCCCUAUUGCUCUUAUUUUGCAACUUUCGCUGAAAAGGAUUGUAUUAAGAAUGAAUCUGUCGGAAUAAAUCCUGCAAUAAAAUGACAAAAAUGCCCUGUUAACUAACCCUCAGAAAAAUGAAAGGAAAAGUAAAUCAGCUGGAUGAAAUUCAUGUUUUUUUGCUUUGUACCUAGUAAAUCAUUAAGCAGGUGUGGUGUGGGAACCAUUUUUAUGUCAAGCUUACCAUAUUUUGGAGUAGUAUAUUAUAUUUUACUUGACGAAGACUUAACUAUCCCAGUUGUUAUAAUCCAGAACUGAAAAAAUACAUUAUUCAAGGGAGCAAAUAUUCAUAGAAAAAGAAGAAUGUGAGUUGUGAAAUCUUCAGCUCAAAAGUUAACUUUUCUGAAAUGUUUACAUUGUUAAUCAAUGAGGCUUUCAAUUUUUUAAGAAAUGAAAGUUUUUAAAAGUGUUAUGUUUUAAGUUGUCUCAUUUAAUGAAUGGUCUUUCUAAGCAGUGAUAUUAAUGUGUGAUUAUUAUGUCAAACCAAAUGUUGUUGAUGUUGUUACCAUUGUGCCAGUAUAUAUAUCCUACACAAAAUAAUAUGUCUUGAUGUGCAUUUGUUAACAUAUUUUUCCACAAGAGGCUGAAUAAUAUUGAAAAAGAAAAAACCAGAAACAGAAGUUAUUAAUUAUUAUUGAUUUUUAAGCCUUAAACAAGAAGUACUUUGUUUGAUAUUAAUUUUGAAAACUGAAACAUGGUAAAGCAUUAAAGGUAUAUACGACAUUGAAAAAUAAUACAAAACGCCAUGAAAAAUUUACAUUUUGGUCAUAUGAGAAAAUAAAUACUAUAUCUUAAAAUCUAUGCUGCUUAGUGUUGUGCUGAGGGAAAUUUCUGUAUUUAAUUUAUGUUUCAAUAUUUUGGUACCUAUUUCCACCUUUCAGUGGUCUUAUUGACUCUCACAGUUCAAACAAAAUUUGUACACUAAUUUACAUGUAAUCAACUAAACUAUUUUUUCAUUGAUAUUUUGUGGCGAAAUGGGACCAAAAUGAAAAAUAUUCCAUUUGUCACAUCUUUAGACCCUACUUGUAUAUUUUCAAAAUUCUGAAUUUUUAUUGAAUAUUUAUGCUGUUAAAAUGAAUCUCAUCCAUGAUCAUUGUAUCAUAACUUAAUUUAUUCGUCAAAAAUGUGAUCUUGCAUUAUUGUUGCAAUAUUUUUCAUUGACUUUUUGUGUUUAUUUAGUCGUAAUGCAUGCUACAUUAUACAUGUUUUUGGGGCUAAUGCUUGACACAUAGCAUGUAAGUUAUAAGCCUUACCAAUUGAUUUGGUUAUUUGAUAUAAGAAGUGUUAUUCAAUGUUUAGGAAAUCUGUCUUUCCUUGAAGAAUUAUUAGUUUACCUAAUUAUUUGAACAAGGAUUUUCAUUGGUCUACCACCUAACACGAUUUCAGGGAUAUAAGAACAUCCCAUUAUAGUACACCCUUUUUAAUUUGUAAAAGUGAUACUAGUAUUUUUCCUUGGGCUGAAAAUAAUUUAGAAAAAAUAUAUUUAACAUGGAUUUGAAUCUAGAUAAAGCAUGUUAGCUUUUGGUUGAAAAAUAAGAGUUGUAUCAUUUAGUUUGAUUAACACACCACUCUCUUCUUAAUUUGACUGGCUUAUACUUUCUGAUUGUACAUUUGUUUUCAAAGUUUGAAGUGAACAAAAUUUCAAUUUUGUUUUUCGUAAUUUUUAUACACUCUGAGAAAUAAAGAUAAUCUGCCAUAGUCCACAAGUUAAAAUAGUUAUUAUGUGCCAAUCAAACUAAGCAGAUUUACUGAGUGGAUACAGUACUUUUUAAGUCGUUGACCUGCAAGUUCUUGUAAAAAAUGUGUUUUUUCAUGGGUAGGUUAAAUCAUCCUUAUUUAGACCCCUGACACAUUAUUCAUAACUGGGUAAAUAUAGAACUAUGACCUUUUCAUAUAUAUAUAUGAAACAAAGUGUUCCCACAUACCAUUAGGACAUAAUUCAUCCUUUGUGCAAAUUGUACAGUGUGAAUAUUUCGUACAGUGUACAACCAUACCAACUUGUUAAAACAUAACUUGUACAUCGUAAGUGUAUUUAUAUUCUGUUAUGAUAUAAAUUUCAUAGAAUGUGAAAAAAACUAUAAUGUGCCUGUUAAAGAACAAAAUAAAAAGAUGCUAUUUAAAACUA